AUGUUUAACAAUACAACUCCAUUUGUGAUAAACGCCGCUAUCAACUUUCCAUUCUAUGUUCUAGCCAUUGUGGGUAAUCUAUUGAUUCUCGUGUCAUUUGCACGCACUCCAUCAUUGGUAUCGCCUUCAAAUGUGUUACUGAUCGGUCUCGCACUGACCGACCUCUGCGUUGGAUUAAUUGUACAGCCUGCGUACAUCGCGUGGAAAAUUCACCAACACUUUCAACAAGAUCCAACACUUGUCGGAUUCCUUGGAAGAGCAACCAGAUUUGCUUCUAGUUUGUUAUGUGGUGUAUCAUACAUUAUUGUGUCGUCUUUAAGUGUGGACCGAUUCCUGGCUGUUCAUCUUCACUUAAGAUAUCACGAGAUUGUCACCGUACGCAGAGUUGCCUUCUUCUGUGCUUUUGUAUGGUUUCCUUGUUCAGUGGCUUCUUCUCUUGGCGCUUGGAAAUAUGGAUAUUUUGAGCUUUUUUCGGCUCCAUUCGUCGGCAUUUGCCUUCUCCUGAAUGCAGUUCUGUAUUCCAAAAUUUAUCGAGUAGUUCGGCGCCAUCAGCUUCAAGUUUGGAAUCAGGUGACUGUCUUUCAAUCCACAGCGCAAAUUAUAAUAUCAACUGGACUCAAGAACUCUUUUAUCAACAUUUUUUACCUGUAUAUAAUCUGUUUGAUUUGUUAUGUUCCAUAUAUGACAACUGCAUUUAUUUCUAUUCUUCAUUUUCAACAACGUGGUGACAUGCACACACCUGUAUCGGUUACUCUUGCUUUUGAAGUCUCCUGGACGAUUACAUUCAUCAACUCUUCAUUCAACCCGUUACUAUUUUCCUGGAGGUUGAAGAAUAUUCGAGCCGCAGUUAAAAGAACUCUGAAGGAUCUUUUAUGUUAA